ACCAAACAUCCGAGGAAGAACCUAGUAGCAGAUCUAACGAAAUGGCGACGGCGUUGAAGAAGAACAGGAAGAAGAGAGGCCACGUCAGCGCCGGUCACGGACGUAUCGGGAAGCACCGCAAGCAUCCAGGAGGUCGCGGUAACGCGGGAGGUAUGCAUCACCACCGUAUCCUCUUCGACAAGUACCAUCCAGGUUACUUCGGGAAGGUGGGGAUGAGGUACUUCCACAAGCUCCGCAACAAGUUCUACUGCCCCAUCGUCAACCUCGACAAGCUCUGGUCUCUCGUCCCCGAGGAUGUCAAGGCCAAGUCCACCAAAGACAAGGUGCCGAUGAUCGAUGUGACGCAGCACGGCUUCUUUAAGGUUCUUGGGAAAGGUCAUUUGCCUGAGGGCAAGCCUUUCGUUGUCAAGGCUAAGCUUAUCUCCAAGACUGCUGAGAAGAAGAUCAAGGAGGCUGGUGGCGCCGUCGUCCUCACUGCUUAAGUUAGUUCGAGUUUCUCUUUUAAUUAUUGUCUUUUUGUAUCGUUUUUUGUUGGACUCAAAGUUUGUUGCGUUUUGGAAUGAGAGAUCUUUUAAUCAAUAUUAAUGGAUUUUAUAAUAGGUGUUGGAGUUUGAAUGUGGUA